UCACGGCCGUGCCUAAGGUCAAUGUUAGCGCUUCCUUCAGUGCACGUUCAGAAAAGAUCGCGCGCGCAUCCUACGUAGCGACCGCCCCAUCGGUAAUGUUCUAAAAUACGGACAGUAUCGGUAAAGUUGAACGAACUUUACCGAAAAAUCAGUGUUACGUGUUUAGAGGGCUGUGUAAUUUAUUGCGACGUUUCUUAGGACGAUCGAUCACAUCGGCGACAUCGAUAACCGAGACAUCCUUUCGUUCCCAAUAAAUUAUUUAUGCUCAUUAAUUGUGAUGAACGAGACCAGUCGCAUUCCCUGUGAUUACUCAUUUAUGACGCGUUGAGCUGAGGGCUUUUUUUGGGACUCGAUUGAUUUUGGAAUGUGCCAGUAAGAUGGAGACAUUAGUACUGAUUCCCCAGGAGUUGAGUCUGGCGCUGCGGCCAGGGGGUGCCAGAGGUCGUGAGGCGUCUGUGAGCGUGUGGACCUCCACGGAAAUACAGAGGAGUGCGUUACUGUACCCGUUUCAAGGCACGAUAAGGAUUGAUAAGCUCCAUGUCUACUCGUACGUGCCAGAUCAUGAUGUACGUCAUAGGUUCGGAUUGUUUGAUGAAGUUUGUACGUCUGGUGGAGUGCAAGUAAGGCAUUGUAAUUGGGUCCGCUUCCUGCGAGUUUCCGAAAACUAUGGACCACAGGUGAACCUAGUCUGCACUAAGGUCAAGGGUGAGCCGGUGUACGAAGCUGUUAAAGCUAUAUCACCUCACACGGAGUUGGUCGUGUAUUAUUUACCUGAAAGGCCCGAAGAAUUGUUCUUUGUUAGAAUGAGGAACAAUUUGUAUAGACAAACGAUGGAUUCUAUUUUGGAGGAUUCACCGUUAGAUCUGUCUACUUCCCUCCUUUCUCGAAUAUUAUUACCAAUUUCACCUCCAUCGGGGCCUGAAGAUGAGCACAAGUCCGUUUCUGGUGAUUCUUUAACGUCAUCAUCAGCGGGUUCUUCGAGUGAGUUAUUAGACAUGACCCCGAAAAUCCAAAGAAGGCCAGCGAAGUCGGAGAGGGCUUUAUUGCCUUGUGAAGUUUGCGGAAAGGCUUUUGAUAGGCCAUCACUAUUAAAACGACACAUGCGAACACACACGGGUGAAAAACCGCACGUGUGUAUGGUCUGCAAUAAAGGUUUCAGCACGUCAAGUAGUCUCAAUACGCAUAGAAGGAUACAUUCAGGGGAAAAGCCUCAUCAGUGCCAGCAUUGUGGGAAACGGUUUACGGCGAGCUCCAAUUUAUACUACCACAGAAUGACUCAUAUAAAGGAAAAGCCACACAAAUGCAGUCUCUGCUCCAAAUCGUUCCCGACUCCCGGUGACCUGAAGUCGCACAUGUACGUCCACAGCGGCUCUUGGCCUUACAAGUGCCACAUUUGUUCCAGAGGUUUCUCGAAACACACCAAUUUGAAGAACCAUUUGUUCUUGCAUACCGCAAAACAUCAAAGAAACACUGCCAAGGAAGCCACCUGAAAACAAACGAAAAUUCAUGUAAAUAAUAAUAUAUUUGUAUAUGUUUAUCCAUAGACAUAUAAAAAGUGUGAUAUUAGACUUAAUUAAAUAUAAGAAUAAUUUAUUUCCAUUAUGUAGACGUUACUUUAAAGUAAAGUUGCAAAGACACCGUCCAUUUUUGCAUAAUGAUAUUUAAAACCCUAAUGAUAAAAUAAUUAAUAAGUUGUGUAAGCGAUCUGCUGAAACUUUCAAUAUGAUUUAUACGUAUGACGAAACAUUCAAUAGUGGACCACAAAUAUAUAUUUACCUUAUUGAUUAUUCGCAGAUAUGCGCAUUUUACGUGUAAGAUUCCAAUUAAAAAAAUGUAAUUUUGACAUAUCAUAAAAUUCUAUGUAUUCACGGGGCUUUACUUUUGGAGAGAAGGGCCCGUAAGGAAGUUUUGGAGUCUUUUAUCGAACUGUAUACUUUAUGUAUAACUGUAUACUGUCUUAAUAAAACCUACGUCGAUGUAUGUAUUAAUCAAUACAAUAUUGAUUUCUCUACGGUUUAGACUGUAUAAAUUAAUUUUAAGUAUCCUACAUAGUAUUAUGUAGACAAUGACGUUAACAUAUACUAACAUUGUGUUUGUAUAUUGUGAUUUUCGCGUCCGUCCAAAUUUAUUUUUUAAUAACGAAUUAUUAAGUUAUAUGAAAUAU